CAUGCAGAGACUUAACGAACGAGAUGCGAAUUUUUUGGAUUGCAGCUAUAUCGUUCUCGUGGCAAUUUUCAGACGCCUUUUAUUAUAUGCCCAAAUUCCUUUGCAUUCCACCAUAUGUGGCCAUUAAUGGAAGCUGCCUUAUUCCUACCCCCGCAGAACCCACGAUCCUGCCCUGUUUGAAAAACCUUCAAAACUCAACGGUGUUUCCGAAAAAUCGUGAAGUAGUUACCUUUAGUCCCCCGAAUUUAAUACCGGAAGAUGGUGCUACUAUCGGAGAAAGCCCUUCUAAAGAUAAAAAGCCUUAUAUUCCUAUCAACGUACCAGUAAAGCCUAUUUCGGAGAAUUCCCCAAUAAAUCAAAUACCUCAGGAAGCAGGAGCAGGAGUUGAAGGCGAUAAGACAAACGAAGAUUUAAGUCCGGCUGUUCCGGAUGCAAAUAAAGUGCCUACUGAGAGUUCGGAAAAUACCUUAGAUACGGAGUCCAAUGACAACAAUAUUGGUAAACCCGAAGACUCCAAUCAAAACGAAAGUAAUCCCGAUAUUAUAGCACCGAGUAAACAAAAAAAUUCGACCCUAAUUUCAACAAGUCCUGGACAAGAAAGAAAUGAAAGCAAUCAUCCGGAAAUAGGAUCUAAUACAGACAGUAAAUUAAAACCGCCCAUAUCGAAGGAUUCCCAAAUAAAAAAUAUACCUCCGGAAGAAGGAUCAUUUGAAGCCGAUAAUACAAACAAAGAUUUAAGUCCGACCGUUCCUGAAGAGAGCAAAGUGCCUACCGAAAGUUCAGAAAAUAACUUAGAUUCGGAAUCCAAUGACAACUAUGUUGGUAAACCCGAAGACUCCGAUCAAAACGAAAGUAAUCCGGAUAUUGUAACACCGAGUCAACAUGAAAAUUCGAGUCUAAUUUCAACAAACCACGGACAAGAAACAAAUGAAAGCAACCUUCCAGAAAAUGGAUCUAAUACAGACAGUAAAAUAAAACCGCCUACUCCGGAAAAUUCCCAAAUAAAUCAAACAUCUCCGGAAGCAGGAGCAGUCGCAGGCGAUAAUACAAACCAAGAUUUAAGUACGACCGUUCCUGAUGCAAAUAAAAUGCCUACUGAAAGUUCAGAAAAUAUCUUAGAUUCGGAAUUCAAUGAUAAUUUUAUUGGUAAACCCGAAGACUCCAAUCAAAACGAAAGUAAUCCGGAUAUUAUAACACCGAGUCAACUUGAAAAUUCGACCCAAAUUUUAACAAACCCUGGACAAGAAACAAAUGGAAACACAGAUCCUGUAAAUGGGUCUAAUGCAAGCAGCAUAUUAAAACCGCCUAUUUCGGAAAAUUCCCAAAUAAAUCAAAUACCUUCGGAAUCAGGAGCAGUUGAAGGUGAUAAGACAAACAAAGAUUUAAAUCUGGAUGUUCCUUAUGUAAAUAAGUUGAGCUCAAAAAACACUAUAAAUUCGCAGUCCAACAAUACGAAUAUUAGUAAGCCAGAAGACUUAGACCAAAACGAAAAUAAUCCCAAUAUCAUUAUACCGAAUAAACCUGCGAAUUCAAGCGUUACCUUAACCAAUCCUGGACAAGAAACAAAUGGAAUCAGAGAUCCUGUAAAUGGAUCGAGUGCAAGCAGCAUACAGAAUGUUUCGAAACCAAGAAAGCUGGAUGGUAAAAAUUUUGAAAGUAACCUAGCCGUAGGAAACGAUAUUAAACCUGGAAACAUUGCAGAAGACCCCAACCAGAAUCCGAAAAAAGAAAACACAAUAGUUUCGACAAUUUCGGAAAAUCCUACAAUGAACAAAACUGGUGAUUUAAUUCCCGAAAACAUGGAAAGUCAAACAAAGCUAUCAAGUGUUUCCUUAGCUAAGAUACCUAGUACAAGACCUACAAUUUCUCAACCUCCUAAAAAGGGAAUUAGUAUUUUGCCAGCUAAAAUGCCCCCAAGAAUUUACUAUGAUUUGAAUCCUCCAAAAUCCGAAAUACCUUCGAUUUCAGGAGCAGAUGCUGGUGUUCUUCCGAUAAGUCCUUCAAUUCCUGAUACGGAUAAAAUAAGCAGUGGCAUCUUACCAUCAGAAAUACCAAUACAAACAGCUUUACCCGGUGAUUUAAAUCCUUCAAAAGAUCCUUCGAUGCCCGAAAUGGUACCAGUGAGAGAUCCUUCAAUUCCUGACACAGAAAAUUUGAUUAAAAACACAUUGCCAUCCGAAGGGCUGUCAAAAAUUGUCUCACCCGGAGAUUUACAUACACCCAUAAUUCCUGAUACUAAUGAAGUUAUAAAUGGUUUGUUACCAUCCGAACGUCCGAAUCAAGUACCAUCGUCUGGGAAUACGGGUCAUCCAAAUACACACCAAAUAACUGGGGUAGUAUCUGCAACUAAGCCAGUAGUUCCUGCUCUUCCUGGCACACAUAAUUUGGUGCCUGUGCCCAAACAGCCAAUACUGCCAAAGAUUCCUGAGGCGGAUCAUUCGAUAAAUGAAGAAGAUUUGAACGCUAAACCACAAUCACCUAAAAUUCACAUACCCGGGGCGCCGAAGAUAAUUAAUCCCAAAAUUCAUAUUCCUGAGUCCAAGGAGCCCAUAAUACCAAAGAUUCCUGAAACGGAUCAUUUGAUAAAUGAAGAAGAUUUGAUCGGUAAACCACAAUCACUCAAAAUUCACAUACCCGGGGCGCCGAAGAUAAUUGAUCCCAAAAUUCAUAUUCCUGAGUCCAAAGAGCCAAUACUACCAAAGAUUUCUGAAACGGAUCAUUUAAUAAAUGUAAAAGAUUUGAUCGCUAAACCACAAUCACCUAAAAUUCACAUACCCGAGACGCCGAAGAUAAUUGAGCCCAAAAUUCAGAUUCCCGAGGAUCCAAAAAUGCCCAAAUUAAUUAGACCUGAAGACCUAUAUCCGAAAGAUAUAAAUAUCUAUGAUCUUUUGCCAAAGGACAUGUUUGCCUAAAGCCUUAUUUUCGCCGGUACUUAAAAGUUAAUAUGUUUUCGAAAAAUGACACCGGGCUUAGUUGUGCAUUGAGGAGAAGAAUAAAUGAAUAUUCAAAU